GCCAACCCCAAAGCAAUAGCUUUUGAGCAAGGCCUUUCACAAGAUUAAAUCACCCUAGCUCGCCUCUGAAAUCAAGUUAAAACUCGAUCGCCAGGAGAUCAUGGCGAAAAUUGCCUUGGGAACCAGCCGAGAGGCCGCUCAGCCCGACUGCAUCAAAGCCCUCCUAGUCGAGUUCAUUACAACCUUCCUUUUUGUCUUUGCCGGAGUUGGAUCUGCCAUGGCAGCCGAUAAGCUAGAGGCGAGUUCACUGGUGGCCUUGUUUGCUGUGGCUGUGGCGCAUGCCCUUGUGGUGUCCGUGAUGAUAUCUGCCGGUCACAUAUCCGGCGGUCAUCUUAACCCCGCCGUCACGCUCGGCCUCCUCGUCGGCGGCCACAUCACCGUAGUCCGCUCCAUUCUCUACUGGAUCGAUCAACUAUUAGCAUCAUCAGCUGCUUGUUUUCUUCUUUACUACCUAACCGGAGGAUUGACCACUCCGAUCCAUUCACUAGCAAGCGGGGUGGACUACUUGCAAGGCGUAAUAUGGGAGAUUGUUCUAACAUUCUCCUUGCUGUUCACUGUGUAUGCUACUAUUGUGGACCCAAAGAAGGGGGCUCUUAAUGGAUUGGGACCAACUCUAACUGGGUUUGUUGUGGGGGCCAACAUCUUAGCCGGUGGAGCUUUUUCAGGGGCUUCGAUGAACCCAGCAAGGUCAUUUGGGCCAGCUUUGGUAAGCUGGGACUGGACUGAUCAUUGGGUUUACUGGGUCGGGCCACUCAUUGGAGGUGGCCUUGCUGGUUUUAUCUACGAGAACUUCUUCAUCAUCAGAACUCAUGUCCCUAUUCCCACUGAGGAAGUUCGUUUCUGAUUGUCCGUCCAUCUUUGAGAUGCGUUUCCUCUAAUGCUUCCUGUGGCAGUUUGCCUGUUUUCCUCAUCGUUGUUUUGUUCUGAUCUCUGUUUCA